AGACCGUACUGGCGGGCACUGGAACUUAUGAAAACAAGUGUUUUCAUUCUAACCUCUCUUGUCACUUUGAAAAAGAUUUCGAAUUUUUAAAUGUUUGUUUUCAAAUUUAAAAGUGUUGAGAUCCGUAAAACAUGACACAAAGGCUGAAAAGUUGUUCGAAUAGCAUAAAUCUUGAAACGAUAGCUUGUGAACGGUACAUGGCAAGACUUCUCAACCGAGAAAAAUCUUCAACUCCCAAUAGUGCAAACUCCAAGGAUAGAGACCGCUCAAGGAAACAAUCCUCAGUGAAUCAAAACCAACUGUCGAAAAUCAAAUCUAAUGUAAAACAACAAAAUUUUCCUUCUCCCAAACUUUCUCAGAGUCCUACCAGAUCUGGUCCGCAAUACACAGAUGAUUCUGCUUUUGUGGAAGUUACUGUCAAAACAACCAACCCCAGACAAAGGUCUAGAUCAACAACAGUGGACAGGGAACCGUGGGCCCAACUCCUAAAACAACAAAAAAGUGGAGAGAAAGUUUCUGUCUUUGGCAAUUUUGAUCCUCUACGAACUUUACAUUUUCUAGCUAAGGAAUUGCAGUUUCAACUUCAGGCUAUUUUACCAGAUGACAGUAAUUUGCAACAAGUGGUGGCUGAUAUGCAAUAUGCUUUGAAGAGAGUACCCCCUGAAGUGGCAUCAACAGUUCAUUUACAACAAGCUGUAGAUAUGGUUCCUAGGAGAACUUCUUCGAAGUCUCUGAGUGACAAACCAGAAAAACUAAAAACUUCUACAUGUGAAAAAGUUACUCAAACUCCGGCGUGUGUGUCGACAGAGGAAAAAGACAAAUUGCAGAGGAUCAUGGAACAGAGUACGAUUAAAUUGGAGGCCAGCUGUAGGCAGAUGGAAAGGCUGUGCACUGAACUAAAGAAUGAAAAAGAAAAUUUGGAAAAGCAAUUGCUCGCAGAAAGAAACAAUGUUGUUUUUUACAAGAAGAGAAUUGCUGAUUUGGAGCUUGAAAAUAAUGAAAUAUUGAAUCCACGACUCAGAGUUUUAGAAGAGGAAAAACGCAAGCUGGAGUUUGAGCAGCAAAAAUUAGAAAGUGAGCAUCGCAAACUGGAAUCUAAUGUAAAUAGUAUGGAGUGUGAAUUGAAUAUGUUGAGGACGAAACGUGAAAUCCAAUCUGUGGAUGCACUGGACAAACUCAAAGCACAAAUAGAUGAUCUCAAAAAAGAAAAAAAUGCAAUUGAACUAGAAUGUAACAAACUCAGACAUCAAGUAGCACUGUCCGCUCUUGAAAAGGAGAAAUAUGUCACAGUUUUAGCAUUGAGAGAUAAACAGAUCAAUGAAAUCAGAACAGAGAUGACUCAACUUCAAGAAGUUGUUAAUGAACAGUUGACGGAGCUACAUAACGGCCCAUUUCAAACUUUGCCAAACAAAAAAGAAAGUGAUAAGGAAGAUUAUUCUUUGAACACUCCUGGUGGAGGAAAUAACAAAGAAAACAUAGGUGAUAUUGGAGAUAAUACUAUGGCUACCAUCUACAACAGUGAGGAUCCUCAGCACCCAUUCUAUAUUUGCAAACCCCAUAGCUCUUUUAGGGACCUUCCUUCUGGUGACUUAGAUACCUCUACUUUGUUGCAAGAAGUACCAGAUGAUUAUUUUUCAGGACGUCCAACUAAGGACAAGAAACCAGCUAAUUCUUUGGAUACCAUGCCUCUGAUUGAGAAGCUGGAUUCUCACGCCAGCAUCAGGAGUUUAUUUAAUGAUGUGAAAAAGACUGCAUUUGCAGUGGCAAAUACUCCAUCACGGGUACAGAGUCGUUAUAAUAUUGUUGAGGGAAGGCACUAGAGAGAGCCGUUUGUACCAUGACAAAAAAAUGUAGUUAUGUACAUAUAUAUAUACCUUUAAUUUUUGUAAUAUCAUUGACUGUGAAUAAAUUAAUGUCCAUUUUCGAAGUUA